AUCGUAGUCUCUUGGUUUUCUCGGUUUUGUUGGUGCAGUUGAAAUUUAUUUAAUCUGCAAAUUUCAUAUUUUUCCAAGAUUCAAACUUUUAAGGUGACUGGGUGGUCAUUAGUCCUUUUGUGCUAAUAGUACAAAAUAAAAUUUUAAGCUGGUCUUGGAUGACGGACUCUUUAACGAUGUGAUCGCAGCCCAGUACAAUUAUCACUGAAAGUAGUACGUCAGAUUAAUUGUCUGUUUGAAGAGGUCAGAACAAGGAUCAGAGUAAUCGUCAAAGAAGAUCAACAUGAAACGGGCCAGAAUUUUGGGUGUUGGUGAUAAAAAUGGGACUGCUGCUGCCGAGGUCAUGGAUAUUCGUGAGAUCGAACCAGGAUCAAUGAAUCCACUGAUGGUGCCAAGUAUAUUAGAAUUGGUGCUACUCUCUUUACCACUACAACCUUUGAAAGACUGCAAAGCAGUUUGCAGCUUGUGGCAUCAAGAGGUUGAUCGGAUUAUGAAACGGCUCAAAACAAUCAAAAUGAUCAAGGAUGACUAUUUAGAGGUUGACAAAGUGCUGGGUGGUGCCAAAUAUUCCUCCAACAUUCUGUCCCAACUACAUUGCAAAGAAUGCUGUACAUCGAAUGACAAAUUUGAGAAACUUUUAAUCUUUAAGGGAACAUUUCUUAACCAACUAACUUUAGAGAGAUGCCAUUUGAACGUCAACUCAUUUAUGUACAUGGUUUUGACCGAUGGGUUUCCAUACCUGUCCAUCCUCACAUUACGGCAGAAUGAGUACGUCGACAUAAAAGGAAGGAAGACUAUAUUUAUUCCUAAAGAUGGGGAAGAAGAAUUGAAAUUCAAAAGUCUGAAAGUACUAGAAAUUGAUGAACGAGGAACUGAAACGCAAACAUCACUUCAUGCUAUUGCAGAAAUGUGUCCCUCUUUACAAAAACUAACCCACUCUAACUGCCCAAUACCUGCUCGAAAUCGAAAUUCAUCAGUGAACCUUAGCUGCCUGAAUUUUUUGCAACUAGCUCCAAUUGAUGGACGAAAGAUGGAAUUUCAGUACUUUGACACACUCGUAGACUUGAAAUUAAAACGACUCAAGACAUUAUUUCUUUAUGGAAUGACACCUGGAGGGAAAAAGAGAACGAAUUCUCUGCAUAAAUUCCUCAAGUCUGUAUCAUCGUCUGUUGUAUCUCUUCACUUGGGGCAAAAAAUACUCUAUAAUCCCGAGUACCAAUCAAAUGCUCCAUCACCGUUUCCAAUUUCAAUGAACAACUUAAAAAGAAUCUCCAUUGGACCAGGAUUCAUUCAUUCAUUAAAGUUUUUAGACAAACUUCCCUGCGUUACAUCAUUUACCUGUACUCGUCAAGACUCAAAGGACUGGGAGACUAUAGUCAACAAGGGCGUGCCGAAAUCUACCACCAUUGUAGGAAGUUUGGACCUUGGAACUAUUACAGCUGGACCAUUACUCAAGAUUGCGGGAGCAUUCCCAAGCCUAUGUCGGUUGGAACUAAAUGUUUCACGGAUCCAAAAUCAUGAUGAAUUAUUCCGCACAAUUUGUGGAGGUUUCUCUCAAUUACAAAUUUUAAAUAUUUACGAUAUUUCUAAUCAAAAUAUACUCACGGACACUGGUGUCACUGGGAUAGCGUCAUUAGAACUUGAGGCAUUAAAAAAUUCUACGGGCACAAAGGGCAAACCUAAAAGGGAGUUUUCAUACAUUGGUGAUUUAAAGUGUCUUAUUGACCUCCGACUGCAGUACAUUUGUGGCAAUUUGACUGACUUGUCGGUGUUCUAUGGAAUCCAAGAGUUACCAAGCAUUUUUGCUCUGGACUUAUCCAAAUCUUUAGUUUCCGAUUCAGCGUUGACCGUCCUUUCAUCAUCCGCUACGAAUCUUUCGGUCCUAUAUCUACGCGAUUGUAAAAACAUAACCUCAAAAGCUAUUAAGCAAUUCAUUGCGAAAAGACCUAAUGUUCAAGUUCGACUGUGAGUCGUUAAUUUCCAUACGACACUAUCUAUAUGGUGCUGUUUAUACCCGAGCGGGUAUGGAUAUUUUGUAUACCCCUCAGUCAGUCAUGAUUAAAAUGUUGAGUAUGCAGAAGUUUCGAAUUUGAGCAUUACUAAUAUGUAUGCUAAAUUUUACAUCAUCAUGUUUCUUUAUCUACGAACUAGAAAGACUGAUUAAAGUUUUAUAUAUUAAUUUCUCAAGUCAACUAAUAUGUACAAUUAUAAUAUCAAAUAAAAACUACUAAAUUUGUAUGUAGAACCAGACUUUACCAGACAGUAGAAAUUCAUUACACGCAUUGCACCAGAGCAAUGCCAAUAGUUUCAAUUAUUUACUUGCUAAUAUCCUCUUACCAAAAUGAAACAUAUCUUAACGAACAUUUAUGUAAACUUUAUUAAGAAAUGGAAAUUGCAAUAGUCCUCUAAUUCUAUGACUCGUAUAUUCACUAAAAAUUUAUAUUUAUUAUUUUGAAUAAAAAAUAAUAAUUUUUGAUACUCGAA